UAUCCACAAGGCCAGAAAAAAGUUAUGGGUCUUAUCCUCUUGUUCAUUGUCUUUCUCAUCUCCAUUUUUGCUAGAGCUCCAACUGGAGAAGCUUGGGGCAAACAGGGCCAUUUCAUGACCUGCAAGAUAGCAGAGAAAUACUUGACAGAGAAAACUUCAAAAGCAGUAUUAGACCUUCUGCCGGAGAUAGCUAACGGAGAGUUAGCAUCGGUGUGUGCAUGGGCUGAUGAAGUUCGGUUUCGAUAUCGGUGGUCUAGUCAUCUGCAUUACAUCAACACUCCUGACUGCACAUACAAGUUUUCAAGGGAUUGUCAUGACAAUAAAGGAGUGAAAGAUAGGUGUGUGGUUGGUGCAAUCAACAACUACACUGAACAGCUUAGAAGCUAUGGAGAUUCAUCAAGUGGAUAUAACUUGACAGAAAGCUUGAUGUUCUUGGUUCAUUUUGUGGGAGAUGUACACCAACCAUUACAUGUUGGACUUGAAGCUGAUGAAGGUGGCAAUACAAUAAUCAUCCAUUGGUACAGAAGAAAGACAAACCUACAUCAUGUGUGGGAUUCCAACAUUAUAGAGACUGCAUUAAAAGAUUUCUACAGAAAUGACCAGAGCUCCAUGAUUGAAGCUAUUAGCAAGAACAUCACAGAUAGUGAUGCUGAUAGCUGGGACAACUGCAGAAAUAAAAGGGUCACUUGUGCAAACAAUUAUGCAUUGGAGAGUAUACAUUUGUCUUGCAAUUAUGCAUAUAAGGAUGUUGAAGAGAAUGCAACUCUUGGAGAUGAUUAUUUCUUUUCUAGGCUUCCUGUUGUGGAGAAGAGGAUAGCACAAGGAGGUGUUAGACUUGCCGCCAUUCUCAAUCAAAUUUUUGACACAAGUUUGGUUGAGAUAAUCUAAUUGAAUUAGUGUUGGCCUGGUGCUAUUAAUACAGAAUAAUUUGCUCUGAUGAUUAUUCAUCUUUUUUUUAUUUUUAAUUUUUAUUCUAAUAUUCUAUUGUUUUCUAGUUUUUUCCCGGAUAUCAUUCAUAUCGGUUAUCUUAAACUAUUACUUUUAUUCUUGGCCGAUGUGAUUUCUUUAUUUUAUUUCAAAAAUAAGUAAU